AUGGAUUAUCCAGCUUACAGCACAUACCUAGGUACACAGCUGCCUGCCACCAACGUCAGAAGCUGGGGCUUAUCCGCCGAUAAGGCCAAACCCGGGCGCUACGAGCAACCGAGCCCCGCCGGCGCCCAGGCGGCCAAGGCGGCCAUGCAGCAGGGCAUGGGCAAUUGCUGCAUGGCGUAUUGCGGCUUGUCACCUGUAGUUCAAUUUUGGUACCUGAAUGGAGACACAGGCCCCUUCGACGACUGCCGCUUUUUCUCUGAAGCAACUGGCAAGGAAAACCUAUACAUUUUCAAGCUGCUUGUCGGCAGACAUCCCGUGACUUCGGGUCCUGGUGCAUCUCAACGUCGUACUUCCCAAGCACACAUCGUCCGGCGCCCGACAUCUCGCCCAUGCGUCCCCAAGCCUGCAAUGGAGGAUCUUCUCACGCCAGUGAGCCGGACUUACCGGAAAGCUGAAGAGGACGACGCAUUCCUUACUGCUUCCCAACCGGCAAAAUCUGCCACCGUAUCGAAGCCAGAGUUCAAGGGUACGUCGCCCGAGGAGGCCUUGGAAGUUCUGAAAACCCAGCCAGAUUACGAAACUCUUCUCUCCAUCCUCAAAUACCUUCGUCAAGGUACCAAGGGCAGAAAUGACUUCAACUUAUUGAGGCCGAGUCCGCAGGCGGCGCAGAUCGUUCAUGUCCUGGUCACUGAGAUAGUCCCAAAUUACUGGACCAUUCUGAAGGACAUAUCGAUGAAUCAGAAGAGAACCAACGACCUCGAAUACUUGUUGGACUGUCUACUAAGCUUGACCGGGAUCAACGCAACUCUUGCUUUCCUUCGAACUUUGUUGCUGGAAGCGAGAAGAGACCCCAGGGGUUUGAAGCAAUCACAUGCCGUCUACAAUGUCCGCUUUAUAGCCGACCUCUUACGGCUCAUACUGCAACCAGACGACCAGAUCCGGAGAAUAUGGCAAGGCUCCAGCUCUUCCGAAACUAAUGCAGGCAAGAUUCGUGCCUUGAGACAGGAGUUUACCUCCCUUGUGGCUGGCGGCAAGAUCGUAUCCUUGGCAGCUGAGGCUGAGGCCAUUCUUCGGGAAGCCGAGAAAUCAGACGGCCCAAGUUGGAUUGCGGAUAGCAAGGCGUACGUUGGAUGGCUAAGUUCCAACCUGGUUAGCUGGGUCAAGUCGAUGGAAGGGGGAGACGACGUCAAGCUCGGCGCUGACCUAGUCAGUCGAUCUUUAAAGCUUGGACAUCCUGACUCUCUCAUCAAGGUGUUUCUGACCGACCUCCUCAUGCAGGAUGAUUACCAACCAGUAUUCAUUCAGUUGCUGGAUGCCCUGCCGCAGACAGACCAACGCAAAGUACUGACUAUACUGCUGAAGCUCCUGUCUUCAUAUAUACCCGUUGAGUCUGACCCUUCGACGGAAGAUUAUCCUCUGAUCUGGGCUGCUGCUGGAGUUUUAAAAGUUGCUAUUGGUUCAAGUCCACUCCGAAAAGAUCACCUCAUCACUUGGCUUACAGAUGCCACCGGGGCAGGAAUCGGAGAAUCCUAUAGUAUUCGACGGGCGGCUGUAGCUGUUAUUGGUAGCGAUAAAGAAGCCAUCACGACAGUUGUUGAAAAGAGCCUUAGCCAGUUCGGGGACCAACUGUAUAUCAGACAUUCCCCCAUACUACAACAGGAAGCCCAUGCCCAGGUUCUGCUUCUGAGCGCCGGCUAUAUGCACCGAAUUUCUCCUUUGAAAUUGACAGUGGUGGUUCGCACGAGCACGUACUUGAACACAAUAUCUAAUCGCAUUGCUGCAUCUCAGGAGAGAGCGCGGUUUUUGGGCAUGGUGGUUGGCGAAGCGUUGUCAGGUCUUGUUCACAAUGACGAGAAGAAGCUUGAUUUCCACACAGACGAGAUCAACCCUGAAGACUCUAAGUGGUACAAAUCACUUGCUCACCUUCCGGAUAAGACCGGGCCCCUCAGCCCUUUACAAGCUCAGCUGGUAUCCUCAAGGCCACCCAAGUCGGACAAACCCAAGCCCGCAAAGCCAGUAGUCAACCCGCUUUCACGAGUGGCGAGCUCUGCACCCAAGCCCGGAUUCAUAAUCGAGGAGGUUGAAGAUGACGACGAAGAGGAAGAGGAUGAUGACCUGAUACCCUAUUCCAAACCAGACUCAGAUGCCGAAGACUCCGACGAUGACCCGACGCUGAUUACCAGAGACAAACCAAAGGCUCCCGUGUAUAUCCGGGACCUUAUCACGUAUCUGCGCGAUACCGAGAGCUACGACCGCCAAAAGCUUGCUCUCACUACAGCCCCCGUGCUCAUUCGGCGGAAGGCUAAUUACGGAACCGAAGUGAGCUCUCACGCAGAAGAACUCGCAUCCCUUCUGAUCGGCCUGUCUGACAAGUUCGAACUGGAGAACUUCCACGACCUCCGUCUGCAAGGCAUGAUCGCCAUCCUGGUGGCCCAACCGAAACAGAUGGGCCAGUGGUUCGCAAAGACUUUCUUUGAUGGAGACUAUUCCCUGUCACAGCGAGCAUCUAUUCUCAUUGUCCUAGGCUUGAGUGGGCGGGAGCUCGCAGGCCAGGAGACAUCAGAGCACGCAGGCCAGGAGACAUCAGAGCACGCUUCAGCAUCUGCGUUUCCGUCGAAGCAAUUGCCGGCCAAGCUCGAGAAACAAUAUACACCAGGCCACUCUGGAAACACAUAUUCAUCAGAUCCUUCAAAACUGAAAGCUCUUCCGCCCACGGCUCUGGAUAAUAUCUCCCAGUCCUUGUCGCAGACCUUCCUUGCCCCCCUCGCUGCCGAGGCCGCAGACGCAGUGACCGGACCAGACGCCCUCAAGCUCAGCACCUUCACCUCCCGCCUGCAGGACCCAUCCAAGGUCACGAUGAAGCACAGAUCCAAGGCAGCCGGCAUCCGGUCCAUCCCCAACACCACGGCCAGCCUGAUAGCGACCUCGUUCUUCUUCCCACUGACGUCGCGGUUCUUGGCGGCCACGCACGCGGCCUCGUCCGGCAUGCGCGGCAUCCUCUUCCAGCCGUACCUGCUGACGCUGUACCUCAAGACGCUGGCGCUGCUGCUGCACGCUGCGGGGCCCAGCACGCUGGCGCUGCCGCAGAUGACGUCAGAGCUGUGGGACCUGCUGCUGGGCGUGCGCGGGCAGUGCGCGGGCGAGCUCGGCGUCGCCGCCGCCGUGCUCUUCGGGCUCCUGGCCCUGCUCGACGUCAACGAGGGCGACAUGCGCGGCCUGUGCGAGCACCACGGCCGCGAGGUCGUCGAGACCGUCGAGUGGGUCAGCGGCCUCUUCGACCGCACCCGUGGUGGCGACGCCGGCGGCGACGGCGAGGAGAACCAGGUCAAGAUGAUGGCUGCGGGUAUCCUGAUCCGCCUCCGCGAGGCCGUGGAGAAGUACCGGGGCUUGUUGAUGGGCGAUCUGAUAGGGUAUUGA